AGGCGGCCUCUUUUUGUUCUCCUCUGGGUGCCCGGGGCGAGGUGGGGGAGGGGAAGAAGCGCCGCUUGAGCUGGGUUUUGGAGCAUCCUCUACUACCUCUGGCCUCGGCCGCUGCCGGGCCUCGAGGCCUCUAGAAACUAGGCUUUGGCGCCCGCCGCCCGGCCCCAGGGGGACCUCCGAGCGCGCCGGCCCGCGGCCGACCACCUGCCCAGAUGUGCCCAGCUUCGGCCGCCGGGCGCGCUCGGGCUCGCGGGAAGCGCAACAUCUGCAGCCAGCUGAGCAGGAGGGCCCAGGGCUUUUUCACCAAUGAUGCUGGGAUGGUUCAGAGGACAAAUCUGGGGAUCCUGAGGAAGCUAGUGUGCCAGAAAAGCACUAAAUUCAAGAAUGUUUGGACCACUCAUUCUAAAUCGCCUAUUGCCUAUGAGAGAGGAAGAAUAUAUUUUGACAAUUACCGGUGUUGUGUCAGCAGUGUUGCAGCAGAGCCAAGAAAGCGUUAUGAGAUGCCCAAGUGUUCUAAAUCAGAAAAAAUAGAGGACGCUUUAUUGUGGGAAUGCCCUGUGGGGGAUAUACUGCCCAAUCCAUCAGAUUACAGGUCCUCCCUUAUAGCACUGACUGCUCAUAACUGGCUACUUCGUAUAUCUGCAAAUAAUGGAGAAGUAUUGGAGAAAGUUUAUCUUGCUUCUUAUUGCAAAUUCAGAUAUUUGAACUGGGACACUCCCCAAGAGGUCAUUGUUGUCAAAUCAGCUCAGAGCAAAGCCACUGCUUUGGCACGCCAGGCAGGCAUUCAACCGUCUGUGCUGUUGUACUUUGCCGUAUUUCGAGUCAUACCUCUCUCACUUAUAGGAAUGCUGGAGAUCAAUAAGAAAAUUUUUGGGAGUGGUGUCACAGAUGCCACGAUUUCUCAUGGAAUGUUGAUUGUAAUGCAUAACUCAGGACUGAUCAGACUCUAUAGCUUCCAGGCCAUCACAGAGCAGUUCAUGCAGCAGAAACUUGACCUGGGGCGCACAUGCAGAUGGGGUGGGACAUCUGGAACUGUAGGAGAAUCACCUUUUGGCAUUCCUUGUAAUAUUAAAAUCACAGAUACUCCUCCGCUGCUUUUUGAAGUAUCUUCUCUGGAGAACACAUUUCAGAUUGGUGGCUAUCCGUGGCACUACAUCAUCACUCCUAACAAGAAGAAACAAAAAGGCGUCUUCCAUAUUUGUGCGCUCAAAGAUCAUACCAUGGCAAAAAAUGGGAUCCAAGAAAUGAACUGUUGUUCACUUGAAUCUGACUGGAUAUAUUUCCAUCCUGAUGCCUCUGGGAGAAUAAUUCAUGUGGGUCCAAAUCAGGUCAAAAUUUUGAAAUUAAAAGAAAUAGAAAAUAGCAAGACCCAGCAUCAGGUCGUUGAAGAUUUUGUCAUUGUGGCUGACAGAGAGGAAAAAACCAAAAGCUUAUUAACUGUUACAGCUUCUGGACGAGUGGUAAAAAAACGUCUUAAUCUUUUGGAUGAUGACCCAGAACAAGAGACUUUCAAAAUUGUAGACUAUGAAGAUGAAUUGGAUUUGCUCUCUGUGGUGGCAGUUACUCAGCUGGACACUGAGGGAAAAGCUCACCUGGAUUUCCACUGUAAUGAACAUGGGACAUUACUCAAGAGCAUUCCAUUAGUGGAGUCAUGGGAUGUGACAUACAGCCAUGAAGUUUACUUCGACAGAGACUUAGUUUUGCACAUAGAACAAAAACCCAACAGAGUCUUCAGCUGCUAUGUUUACCAGAUGAUGUUGAAUAUGAAAGUCCAGGAAGUAUCUACUGAUCUUGAUCUGAAUCAGGGUCCUUGGAGAUUACUGAAGACUCCCCUUUGUUCAAGAUGUGGAAUAAAAGGUAGCCUAAGCAAAGGGAGGAUUUUUGUGUGGUUCCUGUUUCAGAGAUCCAAUUGCUUACCAUCCACAUGUUCAACACAUUUCCUUACUUCAGCUUCAAAGACAUUUAAUUCUGGCAUAUACAAAAGGGAAGGAAAUAGUCUGAAGAAUCAUAAACAUAUUCAAGUGCAGGAAGCUUUUAAUAUUAGAGUUAAGCUUUGGUCAUUUAAAUGAAUAUCUUUAACAGUCUUCUUGUCCAGAUUUAGCCUACUCCCAUAUGAUGAGGGACAUCAGUCUUGCCUUUAAAUUCUGCCUUUAGAAAUUUAAAAAUAAAAACCAAAUCUACAAACAUCUUUAGGGCUAAAGAAAGACAGAUGUCAAAUACUCCCAGCUUAGUGGAGUAGGCAAUAGAACUGGAAGGUUAAAAAAAAAUUAGAGCCAAUUCCCAUUAUCAAAAAAAAAAAAAAAAAAAAGAGUGACGUCCUUAAUAGAAAAGGAAGUAAUUAUCUCAGAUGUUUUAAAAUUAGGAACAAGAAGAAUAGAGUGAAAAAAAAUCUUUCUGGCCCUAUUAUUGUAAUAUGUAACGCUCUGAAAUAGUAAGAGUGAUUGUUUCCUGUGUAAAUCUUACUUAAUGAGAUAAAAAUUUAUGCAUAUUAUUGAAUUGUUGUAUUUUCCUGUAUCUGCUAAUUGAAGAAAGCAUUCUUCCCAAAGCAUGAUAAAUAACAACAUUUAAUAUAAUGCUUCUGAGGAAUUCAGAGCAAAUACUUUUGUUGGUAGCAAUAGGUCAAGAUUAAGAUUAUAAUGAAGCAGUGAUGUGUCUGCUGUUUCCUUGGUGCUAUCCCAAAUACAGUUAAAUACAAACUGUAUCUAAGUACAGACUAAUUCAAUGAUUUUAUAAACAAAAAGUACAAGAGAACUGCGUAAGAAUAUCCCCAAGAGAAAGACAAGUGCCAGAUACCAAGGGGAAAAAAGACUAGAGUUUGGGACACCUCAAAUCAUAUUCAAGAACAAAACGUUGACUGACUGAACUCCUUUUUCCAAGAUUGUUUCAGAGAAGCAUAACUUUGUACUAUAAGAUGGAUGGAUCUGUUUAGGCCUCAAAGUCUUUGUUGAAAUCAAAUCAAGUGAACAAGUAUUUACUUAUUAAACACUCACUGUAUAUCAUGCACUGUACUUAAUGCUGGGGAUAUAAAGGACUAAAACUUUUUCCCAAAAACCUACUGUCUGCUUUCAAGGACCUCACAGUUAAGUCUUUACUUAAGUCAUGUUUUAAGUUUGUUUUGCAAAAAGUGUUUUUAGAAGAUUUUGUGUGGACUUUUUGUUUUGAAAAAGGUUGAAUUAGUAAUCUAAAGAAAUGUUGAGCUGAAAAAGACCAUUAAGAAGCCAUUUAAUAAUCAUUCCCUCACCUUUCAGAAGACAUAUCUUUCUUGACUUCUUUACACCAUGUGUAAGAAACCUCACUGAAAAUGAGGUUCUUUAAAUGUAAGCUGAGUACUUUUUACAUACAUGUUCUGUCCUAAAAUUGUAAAACUCGAGCAGAUUUGGGGUAAGCCGAUGCUAAAAUAAAUUGUUACUUUACUUGUCUAUAGAGCUGGGUAUGGGCAGAAAACAAAAUCCUGAGUUCAGAUCCAAUCUGUGACAUUAACAAUACCAGUGUGAUUUUUGGGUAAAUCAUUUAAUCUCCUUUAUCCAUUAUUUCCUUUUCUGCAGAAUGAGAGUAUUGGAGUAUAGAUGGCUUCUGAUGUCUCUUCCGGCUCUAAAUCUAUGAUACUGUGAUACACAUAUAUAUGUAUGCACAUAUGUGUAUAUAUGUAUGUAUAGGUAUCUGUGCAGUAAUGGUAUAAAGAAAACCACAUUUCAAUGAAUAUUAUCAUAAACUGAUGUGGAUAUUAUAAAUUCUGUUGAUUGAAGAAGCCUAUGUGCAAAUCUAUUAAAGAGUCCCUAUCCAUUUAGCCAAUCUGUUUAAUGAAAAUGUUGUCUUUGGUGUUGUAUUUAUAUAGUAAUUGUCUUUGAUGAUCUAAAGGGUGUUAAAUGGCUUUAAUAAAAUUUUAUAUGUUUUUUAAAAUGAUGUCAAUUGGUGAUUUGGGGGAGUUUCCAUAGUUUUUGUGGAGAGUUGUCUUUUUUAUUUUUUGGCAGAGUCCUUUCCAGCUGCAGUGCCAAAGCUUUCAUUAAUAACAUGAAUAUUACUUUGCAGGGGAAAGAAAAGAAGGGAGGGGCAGUGGUGAUACAGGGCAUUUGAUGAAGAUGACCAGAUGUUCCAAUUGGGCUUUGACCUUGUCAGUUUUUGACUGAGGGCAAAAUUAGAGGAAAUGGGUAGAAACUACAGGGAGCACAACUCAGCAGUAUAGGAAACCAUUUUCCAGCCUGCUAUAGAAGAGUUUCUUGUUUAAAUAGGGAAGAGUUGGACUAGAUGGCCUUCCCCUUAGAUACCAUGAAACCAAUAAACUAAUGGGAGAAGGACAGAAGAUAACUCUCCUUAUUGUUUCUUUCAGGUAACAUUUUAGGGAAUUAUAAAGAAAAACAUGAGUGCCACAUAGUAUGCUAAAUUCUUGACAAUUACCAUCUUAUUUGAUCCUCACAACAAUCCUGAGAAUUUGAAGUUUCAGGGAAGGCUUAUAUGUCAGUCUAAGGUGCCAGACUCAAGAAAUGCACAUUUUAAGCAGUCAUCUUUUCUGAAAUAUGUCCCAGUUCUGUUCUGGCUUCUUUCAAAUCACCAUCUAUGCACUGUCUUCUCUGUCAAUGUGUAGGGCCAACUGAAUAUAAGCUUAGACAUGUACAUUAAUAUGGAAUGUUAUGUGCAAGGAACAUUAAUUAGGCUGGGUAUUAUAGUGUGUGGAGGGGAUGAAAGUAUAAGACCAGAAAGGUAAGCAGGAAGUCAGAUAAUGAAGAGUUUUAGUUCAUAAUCGCAGGCUAGUUCAGAAGAGUGAAUAGAACUGGUACGUAGAUGUGGAAGUUAUAUGCAUUGAGAUGAUGAUUUGAGUCAUGAGAGCUAAUGAAGUCAUGGAGAGAAGGUGUAAAGAAAAGAGGAGAGGGCCCAAGAAAAAGCCUUAGAAUACACCUAUAGCUAGGAGGUGUCAUAUAAAUGGUGGUUUAAUAAAGACUGAGUAGCCUAUAGUAAUCUAGUAUUUGAUAAAACCUCAAAUUCCAGCUUUUGGAAUAGGUACUUGCUAUUUAACAAAAAUUGCUGGGAAAAUUGGAA